UAGACCCAGAGCUGCGCUUCGCCCCACAUCUUCAGGACAAUCCGCUUGCCUUCCUGUUCUUCCUCUCGCUAUGUCCACGUCCACAAGCUGCCCGAUUCCCGGGGGCCGAGACCGGUUGCCAGACUGCUACAGCACCACGCCAGGGGGCACGCUAUACUCCACUACACCGGGAGGCACCAGGAUCACCUACGACCGAAAGUUCCUGCUGGAGUGCAAGAACUCACCCAUUGCCCGGACACCUCCCUGCUGCCUCCCUCAGAUUCCCGGGGUCACAACUCCAACAGCACCACGCUCCAAGCUGGAGGAGCUAAAGGAGCAGAAGGAGACAGAGGAAGAGAUACCCGAUGAUGCACAGUUUGAAAUGGACAUCUGAUCCAGUACAGAUGACCUGGUGUGUGGAAUUAUAGAGGGAUCCCUCACGCCGCUGCUGCCACCACUUCUUCCUGGGGUAUCCAAAGGCCAGCUGGCCUCAUCUAAUCUGGAAGGGAGUGGCCUGUUGGUUCUGGGCCUCCCUUAUUUUUGAGGCAGCUAGAUCAGAGAUAGGAGUGAGUACCUUGUCAAGCCCCUAUCUCUACUUCCUCUUUGGUCUGUAGGGCCCCACCCCACCCCACCCCCUCCAGCCUUCCUUGCUCAGGAGCUAGGAUUUGGGGAUGGAGUAUGUCACCUUCCGGCUGCUUAGUAAACAUUCAAAGAAAU